AUGGCCUCUUUAAGCUGUGGCUACAAGUGUCUGCAGAUUUUUCUAGUGGUAUUUAAUGUCCUUGUUUGUACAUGUGGGAUUGUUGCAGUUGUAAUUGGAAGUCUCUCCCAAGUUGCUAUUAAUAAAUAUUCCACUGGAGUGGAUUCAAAUAUCAAAUGUCUCGUAAUCUUUGUAAUAGCACUUGGAUGCUUCCUAGUUGUGUUUGGAUUUCUUGGGUUUUUUGGAUUGGUUACCAAGAAUACUUUCUGUCUAAUCUUGUUUCAUUGUUGCGGCUCUGAAUCGCCAAAGGACUACAUAUCGACUAAGCAAACCAUCCCUGAUUCAUGUAAAAAUCCAGAAACUAAGAUUACAUACUCAGAUGGUUGUUUAUGCAAAUAG